GAACGUGAAAAUGAGCAGUAAUAAGAAAACCGCCAUCAAGAUCAAUGAUUCCUCUGCCCCCAAGACCAAUGAUAAUAACACAUCUGAGAGUAAUUAUUCUAGCAACCUAUCAUUUUCCGCACCAAGAACCAGACAACGAAGCAAACUGAGACAAUCUUUAUCUUAUAAGGAGAUCUGGGGAAAAAUAUCAAAAGAUAAUUUAGAACGUGAUAAGAUGAAUGACGAUAAUGAUUAG